AUGUGGUGGUCCAUCGUUUUCAGGUCCUCGCACAACGCCGCCCUUUGCGUCGCGCCGUCGCCGCCGUACACUUGGCUCUCAGGGUCCUACAGCCGAAACGUUGCGUCCGUUAUCAAAUGCAUCAGCUUCGUAAGCGUCAUCUUCUGCCGCUUAAUCAUAGAGAAAUCCUCCACCUCGAAUGCACCCUUCACGGCGGUGAAAGGGCUACCAAUAGAUGCGGUCGAUGGGCCUCGUGCCGCCGCGUCUGCGCCGCAGUCACCACCGACAUGUCCAUCCACGAAGGCUUCGGCGCGUCGCAGGGUUGGCCCCGUUCAUUACACCCCCCCCCCCACCCCACCUCGGACCCCGGCGUGA